AUGAACCAGAUACUGAAUGCGCAAAGACUGAUACAAUUAUCGCAGUUCCAUCCUAAACUGAAAAAUAUAUGGUACCUUGUUGCCGCCGCCACUUUCAGUGUUUGUAACGAGCCACAGGAAAUACCCAAACUGUACCAUUAUGCCAUGCUACUGAGUAACGACAACGCUCAUAUGUAUAGAUUCACAUUAGCCUCACAAACCAUUGAUUUACUUCGUUCAGAUUCACAAAUAAGGAAAACUCUAAUUAAUGAAAACUAUCAACAGCCGACGUUCUUUCAAAAGCAACUCACAGCGAAAUUCAGAGAAGUAAUUCUUAGAACGGGGCCCUUAGCAGGCCUUCCAAAGGCCAUCAAUGGCCUCACUGUGUUAAGGGAAACCACUCCGGACGUUUUGCUACCGCAUCUGGAUUCAAUAGACCCAUGGGACGCUGCCAUGGGUAAUAGUUCUCCGUUCUCAGAGACUGCCAUGAGAAGGAAACAUGACAAGACAAUCCAGGAAAGAGAUCAUACCAUACAAAAUGGGUUACGGCAUUGGAAUUCCAUAUAUAAUAAAGUUUCCACCCGUGUGGUGAAUAAUCUGAACUCCUCGUACCCAGACCUGUGGUAUUAUACACUAGCUCACGUUUAUGGCCCAUUAUUCUCAUUUGAUGAGAUAUUAUCCGCGCAAGAAACGAGUUUAGUAAUAAUCGCCUCUUUGGUUCCUCAAGAUGUCAACCCUCAAUUGCGUGGGCAUUUGAAAGGUGCACUGAAUAUAGGCUGUGAUAAGGAGACUGUAGAAGCUGUCAGAGGAUUGGCUAUACUCGUAUCCCAAUGGUGUGGUAUCCAAUGGAAAUCCGGUGUUGUAAAAGUAUAA